AUGAAUGGCUCGACGGAGAACAACGAGACCGCGCUCCUCUCAUUCCACACGAAUUUCUGGAUCGGUGGGCUGCGAAGGGGAAGGCAAAGGAGAUCCUCGAACCUCCCCAUGGUGUCUCGCGGAAGAAGUGGGAGAAGCAUAUCGCCCGAUACCUUGGAGAAAGGCCAAGCCCACCGACAUGAAAAGUUCCUGGCCAAACAGGAGACCAAAGUCAAAAAGCACUGGAAGGAAAUGCUGGGUGAGGAUGGCAACAUCCCGAUGAACGAAGAAGAAGACAGUGGCGAAGACACUGAUCAUCACCUCAGCACCGACGAUCCUACCAUCCACAUUCAUGGUGGUGAGGCUAUCAUGAAGGCCGAUUUCGAUGAAGAGGACGCCUUAAACGUCGCCGAUGACGAUGAAGCUAACCUUGAGUAA